GUGAAAUAGUGAAGUGGCGAGGCUGGGUCAAUUCACCGGAAACGUCGGUCUACCAAACCUCGAAGUUUUCGCGGCCAUAACCACCACCGUCACCAUCCACUCACUGUAAAACCACACCAAUCUCUCUUCUACCACUACUGAAGAAUCAUGGACGAAGCAGCACAAACUCCAAAAACGCCGCAAAAGAGAAACCCUAAACCUAAGCGGCAGACGGAAAAACAACCUCCUCCAACUCCGCCGUCGUCGCGGCGCACGCGUUCUCAGGUAGCACCAGACUGGACAACGAAGGAGUCACUAAUUCUCGUCAACGAGAUCACCGCUGUCGAAAGCGACUGCUUAAAGGCUUUAUCGUCCUAUCAGAAAUGGAAGAUCGUCGUUCAAAACUGCUCCGCCAUGGAAGUUAAGCGCACUUUGAAUCAGUGCCGCUACAAAUGGAACCUGUUACUCACCGAUUACAAUCUCAUCAAACAGUGGGACUCUAAAUCAUCGCCGUCCUACUGGCUUUUAGAUGCGCCUCAGCGCACUGGAUCCGGUCUUCCUGUCCAGUUUGACUAUGAUCUUUUUAAAGCUAUUAAUGAUUAUGUUAGGGCUCAGAAGGAUCUUUCUGAUACCGAUCCUGAUUCCGAUCCGGAAGCCGACGCCGAGCUCCUCGAUGGCAUUGCUAAACUAGAGUCCAAAAAACACUGGCGGCGGUCCAUGUCUUUAAAAUUCCAGCCAGAAGAGAAGUCUGAGGAUUACUGCACAAAUGGACAGCCUCAAGUGAUCAAUUUUGGAGAAGAAACUCAGAAAAGUAACGAGGAAGAAUAUCCUCAGAUAUGGUGCGAAAGGGAAAUACCCGAGGUAGUCUAUAGAGAGGAAGAACCUCACGAAAGUCACGUGGAAGAGAAGUCUCAAGAGUAUUGCCCGGUUGAAAUUCCUGAAAAGAUCGACAAUGAAUCUCAGAAGAGUCUUGGGGAAGAACAGCCUAAAAGCAUUUGCACUAGUGAGAGGAAGAUGGCUGACUCUGAAGAAAAUGAACAAAUGUUGGAAAAUAAAUUGCAAGGGAAUGCAGAAUCAAUCUUUGCUGAAUGUGGGGGAAGUGCUUCAGCUCCUCAGGAAAGUCAUGUUGAAGAGAAGUCUCAGGAGUAUUGCCCAGUUGAAAUUCCUGACAAGAUUGACGUCGAAGGGAAAUCUCAGAAGAGUCUUGUGGAAGAAAGCCCUAAACGCACUGAAGAGAAGGACCAAAUGAUGGAAAAUAAGUUGCAAGGGAACGCUGAAUCAAUCUUUGCUGAAUGUGAGGGAAGUGCUUCAGCACCUCAAGAAAUUCACGUGGAAAAGAAGUCUCAAGAGUGUUGCCCAGUUGAAAUUCCUGACAAAAUUGAUGUCGAAGGGAAAUCUCAGAAGAGUCUUGGAGAAGAAAAGCCUAAAAGUAUUCGCGCUCGUAAGAGGAAGACGUCUGGCACUGAAGAGAAGGGACAAAUGAUGGAAAAUAAGUUGCAAGGGAACUCGGAAUCAGUCUAUGCUGAACGUGGGGCCAGUGAUUCAGUACCUCAGAAGAGUCUCGUGGAAGAAAAGCCUAAGCGGAUUCAAAAACGUAAAAAGAAGGUGACUAGCGUGGAAGAAGGGAUGGUGGAUAAGCUGCAUGGCUAUGCAGAAAUGAUCCAUGCUAUACUUGGAGGCAAUCUUCCUGAGUCAGCAACAGGAUGUGGAAGCAGUAAUUCAACGAGCAAGGACUUGAAAACUGAUUUAAUAAGACAACAAGGGGAUAAGCUUAUUGCAUGCUUUGGAGAUAUUGUAAAGAUCCUUGACCAAUUUCCUAGUCUUGUCCAUGAAUCUGUGUAGUUGAUGAAUUAGUUAACUAAGCUUUGGUGUAGUUUCUUUUGUAUAAACAGAAUCUCUGGAACCGAGUGUUGAUUCUGGGCUAUGAUCUAGUAGACAUCAGCGCUCUCUAUCGAAGUUGUAGUCAUUUUACUAACGUUUUUAAUAUUUUAGGGAAAUGAAGGAGUAUGUUUCUGUGAAA